GUGCCCCUUUUCCUCUCGGCAGGAUCUCCCGGCCGUCCAGCCCCGGGUGGUUGCAGUCAGCAAGACCAAACCUGUGGACAUGGUGAUCGAAGCCUAUGGCCACGGCCAACGCACCUUCGGGGAGAACUAUGUUCAGGAGCUGCUAGAAAAAGCUUCGAACCCUGAACUUCUGUCUUCCUGUCCUGAGAUCAAAUGGCAUUUCAUCGGCCACCUGCAGAAGCAGAAUGUCAACAAGCUGAUGGCGGUCCCCAACCUCUCCAUGCUGGAAACAGUGGAUUCCGUGAAGUUGGCAGACAAAGUGAACAGCUCCUGGCAGAAGAAAGGUUCUCCCGAAAGGUUAAAGGUGAUGGUCCAGAUUAACACCAGUGGAGAGGAGAGGAAGCAUGGCCUUCACCCUUCAGAGACGGCAGCCGUGGUGGAGCACAUAAACGCCAGGUGCCCCAGCCUGGAGUUCGUGGGGCUGAUGACCAUCGGUAGCUUCGGCCACGAUCUCAGUCAAGGACCAAACCCAGACUUCCAGGUGUUACUGUCCCUCCGGGAGGAGUUGUGCAAGAAGCUAAGCGUGGCCCCCGGCCAGGUGGAGCUGAGCAUGGGCAUGUCCGUGGACUUCCAGCACGCGAUCGAGGUGGGCUCUACGAACGUCCGCAUAGGAAGCACCAUUUUUGGAGAGCGGGACUACUCGAAGAAGCCUGCCCUGGACAAGCCCGCAGCGGACCUGCAGGCCCCCGUGGGGGUGACGCAGGACCACUGAGCCCGCGCCCCCGCACAGGCCACCGUGCGGAGGGAGCCGUCGUGCUUGUCUCUGACACAGCUCCCUCGGGCAGCGGCUCUGGGUCGAACCCGAGAACGCCACGCAUUUCUGCCGAGCCGGUAAGGCAGCAGCAAGGAGUGGAUCCCGUGCUGAGCUCUGCUCGGCGCACCAGCCAGUCCCUGGAUGCCUUCUCCAGGUAAAGUCUGGUCACCGAUGCCCGUGAUCGUGGAAUCGGGGUUCCCAGUUGUCACCCACAGAGUAGGAAAGCCCCUGUGACAUCAGCUCCCACGACACCGUCCGUCACCCGUGCCACUCUGGAGGAAGUCUCCUUUGCCCCGUCUCCACCCACGCCAGUCAGCCGUGAGGACGCCCUGCACGUGCGGGGCAGUGCAAGUGGCCCACCUGAGGCUCCAGGCUCACUCUGAUGGCAGCCUGUGUUGUGGCCACCCUGUCCGUGACAGGGCGAUGGACGUGGUGUGGGGCCAUCCUGGAAUCCUGAAGGACUUCAAGCUUUUCCUUCUAGCGAUGAGAACGUAGUGGCAGGGUUUCUCCACCACAGUCCCCUUUGCCAUGAUUUUUGAAGCCAAACUCCAGUGGCUCUCACCACACCUCGGAAACGAGGUCUCCUCCGAGCCAGUUCUGCCCUGUGGCCCAGCCAGGCCUUGCCUUGACCUUCCUCCCUGAGGAGCACCCUGCGGGCUCCGCAGCUCCCCCACCGUUUGUGAGCACUGAUUCCACAGGUGGUGCGGUGGUUGAGGGCGCUGGACUCCCACGUGGCCAACCACCGUCAUUAAAUAAAUGAAGUUAAAUAAGUAAAUUCUUUAAAAAAAAAAAAAAGUCUGCAACUCUUGAUGGCUAAUAAUGGAACAAGGUAUCUUCAAGCCCAGGAAAGCACAGCUGCCUUGUGUCAUAGUCGUGACCGAUGGCUUCGUGGGGUUCUUUUCAACAUGGCUUUCUCUCUUAUUCAUGUAAGCCCUGAUUUUUAACCUUAUGAAAUAACUUUCAAAACAGGAAGCUGCUGCUGAAUGUAAUUUUGUGAAACUGAAACCACUAAGAUCCCUGUACUGUUUGAAUCAAAGCUAUAGUCCGACAUGUAAGAAGAGUCUAUUAAUAAAAAUGUGCAUUUUAAUUAUA